CCUCCUCUUUCCCUUGAUAAUAGUAAGGACACGUGGAGAGAGAAACCCAAUGAGCCCUAGUGAGUGAGCAACCACCAAUGUCCUUUCAAAUUCAAGGGAGAAGGCAAAAGCUUUAAGCUUUGGUGUGCAGGGUGGAGUAUUUCACUUUCACUGGCAGCAGCUUCUAGCUUGCUAGCUGUCUUUCUGCUCGGUAAAAAAGUAGAAUUUAUUGGUAUUUAGAUUUCCAGGCAGUGUGGUAGUAGCACUCACAGUUAUUGCAGCCAGAUUAUUGGCUUUUUGUAUAAGUAGAGGGAGAGAAGUGCUUCUGGCUUUUGGGGUGUUGCUCUCAAAUGUGAGAUCGUUAUGGAGUCUGGAAAAGUGUUUGGAGGUGUGGAGGAAUGCCACAGCAGUGAGUCCGGGUGGACGAUGUACAUUGGCUCCCACUUCGAAGGCGAAAACGACGGUGGCAUGCAUCAAGAAGAAGAUGAUGAUGGUGGAAAAAAUUAUGGUGGUCAUCAUAAGGAUGAAGAGAGCGAUGAUUCAAUGGUCUCUGAUGCAUCCUCCGGUCCGAGUCAUCAUCACGGCCGUCCAUGUGGAAAAGAGAGGGUGGCAGCUGAGAAAAAGGGCAAGAAGAAACCAGAGAAGGAGAAGCAAACCAGAGGUGGAAGGAGAAAGAAGGAGGAGAAGAAAGAGAAGGCACUGUUGAUUCAUAGCAAGAAACGAUGAGAGGUCAACCGGAAAGGGGUAUUUUGGGGAAGGAAAAAUUAAAACUAGAGGUUUUUUGUUGUUCUUAAUCAUCAGCUAAUUAUUAUUAUUUUGUAGCUGAUUAAUUGUACCUCAGUUAAGAAAAAUUGGGGUGCAAUUUACUUUUAUGACUAUGGUUUCAAUAUCAAAUUAACUUUUUGGUGUAAGCAUAUAUUCAAUAAAUUAAUCAAGUAUUAUUGUUUA